AUGUAAUCUCCCACGGCGGGCGGCCCUGCCAAGGGCCGGGAAUAGAGAGAGGUGACAAAGUCGGCGGUCGCGAUUGGGAGUCCCAUUUCGGCCAACAGCGUGCCCAUACACGCGGCACCGUCCAAGAAAGUUGGCAUUAUAUUUACUUGUUACAUACAAACCCUUAUACAUGCAGUCCCACCGCUCCACGCGACUCAUCAUGUGUUCGGUGCCAGCGGCCUGAACGGGGGCUGUGUGGGGCCUAAAUCUCGCUGCGACCACUGAGGAAGUCGGCCUCCGCGGCGCUGUGGGCUGUCGCUGCUAUCGCGGAGACAUCCGCAAGGACAGUUAUGUCCGUCAAGGGCUCCUUCUCUUACACAAAUGAUACAGUCAAUGGCUUCCGCAUCACAGUGAAUGGCAUCCCUAUGCACAUGCGAGUUGAGGCCAUCAACAACGAUGUUGCCAAGGUGUACGUGACAGACGUGCAGGGCAACCAGCAGCCCAUGCCACCCUCUGUCAGCCUCAGUGACGCAGUUGGCGCCAACGUCGCUCCGUACAACAAUGAGUUUCUCAUUACAUGGAUCAACAGCUAUGUGCUCCGCGUCAGCGGAGUCGAGUCCAUUUGGAUGACCAACCAGAAGCAGCAGGCCUUCAAGACCGCCCCGGGCAUCACUCACUUCACGGUGUAGGGUUUAACUCGUGUCUCCUGCUGCUGCCAAAAGCUCGAGAGAGGGUUGACGAUUGGUUAGACUGGCCGGGGCUCCGUGAUCAAAUGUGGGAGUGCAUGCCCAGUUUGCACGAGAGGCGCUGGAUAGCAAUGUUGUGACGGACUUGUGCAGCAGGCUGCACGCAAUGUGCAGACCAUGCUGAGUCGGCUAUGGCCAUUGAAGCUUACCGCUUUUGAGUUCAACAUAUAAGAAAGCGGAUGUUACAGAGGGGACAGUCCCAGCACCCGAAGACGCCGAGCCAUCACAUGCUAUCAGGGCCCAACUUGACUCCACCGUACUCCACCAACCCCGACUAUAAGGCGCCUUUUGUGCCCAGUUGCACACCACCUUGUAACCAACAACAAAA